AUGAAAAGAUUCAUGAGAGAUCAGAGUCCCCUAACUAGUUGCCAGCCCAAUGUGUGUUUUUGUUGUUACAUAAGGGUUAGAAUGAAUAGAACACGGAAAAUAUUAUUGAGGGCCAAAGCUACUUUGAAGGCUGAUGCUAGUACUUUGGAUUUACUGGAAAUCCCAAAAUAUGAAAGUACGAAAGGACUAGAUCAAAAUGAAAUAACCAUACUUCUUUCCAAUCGCCACAAGUUAUUUAAAGAAGUUAUAUCAACUGUUGGUGAAGAAGUUACAUCAACUGUUGAUGAUGAAACCGAACCCUAUGAAGACAGCGGCGAUGAAUACAUUCCAGAUUCUGAAGAGACAUGUUCCGACAGCGAUUCUGAAUUUCAAAACUUUAUAAAGUUUCCACCACGUGUUUUACGAGAUCGCCAGUCUGAUAUGGAGGAACAAAAACAAAAUGCGUUGAAUGGAGGGAACAGAAAUAAGAAGAAUGUAAUCAACAAAAAUACAGGAAGGAAGACACAUGUAUUAACUAAUUUAGACCAACCAAGUACAUCUACAUAUAUAAAUUGUCCAAUAUCGUUUAAUGAAGUCACAACAACUACUAAUGAAACUGAUACAGGUCAUGAAGUUUUCGCGACAUGUUAUAGCAAAAGAAGAAAAGAUCUCUUUACCAAGCUGAGAAACAAAGGAAAUUUUUUGAAAAGUGCUGUUGGUAAAAAUGUGGUACCAGUAAGGAAGCCUACAUUGGAUAGUUUAGAGCAACUCUCUACCACCGCAUACCUUCCAUGUAAGCAUUGCAAAGGAUUUUAUAAGAAAAAAUUUCUUUACAGACAUGUGAAAAAAUGUCCGCAUAAUAACGAUGAUAAAACCAUAAGAACCAAUGCCCAAAGUGAGGGUCAAUCUUUGUUUGCUGCUUACAGAGAGAAUGAUAUUUUGCGAAAAGAAGUAUUUCCAACGAUGAGACCAGAUGAGAUAUCGUUUACAGCGAAAACAGAUCCUUUAAUAUGUGCUGUAGCUAGGAGGUAUUUGAAAAGCCAUCGUGACAAACAAUUCCGAUUAGUUGCCUCACGCAAAAUGAGACAACUAGCCUCCUUACUUAUAGAAAUAAAAAAAAAGAUUAACGUUAAAAGUUUAUUCCAAGCACUAGAUCCAUUAAAUUUCGAUAUUCUUGUUCAGUGCACUAAAAUAAUCUCCCGAUAUGACGCCGAAACGGACUCUUAUGGUGCUCCAUCACUAGCAUCUCACAUGGGAACGGAAUUAAAAGACUGCAUUGACGUGGCUUACAACAUGUCACUUAAAAAAUAUAAAGCAGAAACAAAUGAUGCAAAUAAUUUAAAAAUUUUGAAAGAAUUAAUUGUUAAUGAGUGGCGGUUCGAGGUAUCCACCAUAGCUAACAGUGACUUACAACAAAAAAAGUGGAACAAACCCUCACUUAUUCCAUUAGCCGAAGAUCUUACUUUGUUAAAAGCAUACCUACUUGCUGAAAGCGGCAAAUGUAGAAAUACCCUCGCGGAGUAUCCAGAAAAUGAAAAAGCUUUCAAAACUUUAACUGAAUUAACCUAUGUGCAACUGCUUCUCCUAAAUAGAAGAAGGGUUGGCGAAUUACAAAGAAUGACCGUAACUUCUUAUACUGCUAAUAUAAAUAACAAAAGUACAAAUGAAUUCGAUAGCUGUAUCACUGAAAGUGAAAAAGUCCUGAUGAAAUCCUUCAAAAGAGUUGUAAUAAGGGGAAAACGAGGUCGAGGAGUUCCGGUUCUGUUUACGGAAGACAUGGUCAGAAAUACAGAUUUACUUUUGCAAGUCCGGAAACAUUUUAUGCGGCACAAAAAUGAAUAUUUAUUUGCAAAUACAAAAUCCUCUAGUAGUAUCAAUGGAACGAAGGCAAUUUACAAGCAUGUAAGGCUUGCCGGUGUAAAAAAUCCGGCUGCUUUGACGUCGACUAAAUUAAGAAAGCACCUCGCAACGAUGUCUCAAGUAAUUAAUUUGUCUGAACAAGAUUUGGAGCAAUUAGCAAAUUUCAUGGGACACACGUCUGAAAUACACAAAACUUACUAUAGGUUACCUAGCGAUGUGUAUCAAAUGGCCAAAGUGUCAAAAUUACUUCUACUUAAUGAAAAAGGUGAAGCUUCGAAAUAUAAAGGGCAACGCUUAGACGACAUCAACAUCAAUUUAGACAUAGUAGAAGAGUCAGAUGGCGACAGUGAAGGUGAUGACUUCAAUGAACAAAACAUAAGAGGCGAGAUUGAUAAGAACAACAAGGAACCCACUUCAUCUAAGAAAAAUUCUAUGUAUGUUUCCCAAACGAAAAAGAAACGUACGCUAGAGCCCUGGACGGAUAGUCAAAAAGAAGUGGUAUUAAGCUAUUUCAAAAAUCACCUGAAGAAGAAAAUUCCACCCAAGAAAAAUGAAUGUCUCCAUUUAAAAAGUGAACAUCCCGAUUUAUUUUCGAAUAAAUCUUGGGAAAAAAUGAAAAUCUUUGUUGUAAACAAAUAUAACCAAAACAAAUAA